GCCUGACGCAAACUCCUGCUAUUGGUCCUCAACAGCACGUCGGCGGAACACUUCCUACAGAGGUGCAUAAUUGCAUGAAGAGAUAGCAGCGUUGUUUGUUCGUAAUAUCUUCUUCUGAAGCUACAGAUGUGGAGCAGAUUAUUGAGCCCUCGUGUGGUUGGUAGAACAAGUUUGUGUUGGAGGAGUCUCUUCACCAUGCAGCUGAAGACCAGUGAGUUCCAGGCUCUGUUCAAUGAUGGACUGAAUGGAUUAGCAGAGGUGUUUGAGAAGCACCAGCAUGAGCUGAGAAUAGCAGGUGGUGCUGUACGUGACCUGCUGUCUGGGAAGCGGCCUGAAGAUGUGGACUUUGCCACCACAGCCACUCCAGAGGAGAUGAAGCGCAUGUUCCAAAAUGCCGGGAUCAGAAUGAUCAACAAUAAAGGAGAGAAGCAUGGAACCAUUACAGCACGACUACACAAUGAGAACUUUGAGGUGACCACACUGCGCGUGGAUGUUCAGACUGAUGGACGUCAUGCAGAGGUGGAAUUCACCACUGACUGGCAGAAAGAUGCUGAGCGGAGAGACCUCACCAUCAACUCCAUGUUUUUAGGACUUGAUGGGACUUUAUAUGACUACUUUAAAGGAUAUGAGGACCUGCAGAACCGUAAAGUUCGGUUUGUGGGCAGUGCUGAGCAAAGAAUCCAAGAGGACUACCUGAGAAUACUGCGCUAUUUCAGGUUCUAUGGCAGAGUGGCUUUGAAGCCGGAUGACCAUGAGCCUGAGACACUGACUGCUAUCAGGGACAACGGUCGAGGCCUGGCAGCCAUAUCAGGAGAACGAAUUUGGGUGGAAUUAAAAAAGAUGGUUGUUGGGAACCAUGCUGCUCAUCUCCUGGAACUUAUGUACAAUAUGGAACUGGCCCAGUACACAGGUUUGCCUCCAGAUGGCAAUGUUGAGGAGAUGAAGCGAGUGUGGCGGAACGCCAAAGACCACUCUCCCAAACCCAUGACCAUCCUGGCAGCUCUCUUCCAAAGCCCAGAGGAGGUGGAAAAGAUGGACAUCCGGCUUAAGGUUUCCAAAGAGGAGAAGACUCUAGCUCUGUUCCUGGUCAAAUACAGACGGGAGCUCUGUAAGAGCCAAGACGAGCUUGACAGCCUCAAACCCUUCACUGACUUUAUCAUUGACAGUCGGGAGCUGGAUACACAAAGUAAAGUGUGUGAGCUGCUGAAGUAUCAGGGUGAGGAGAAGCUGCUGACAGAGCUCAGCAGAUGGUCCAUCCCUCGCUUCCCUGUCAGCGGUCACGAUCUGAGACGGAUGGGCAUCACGACUGGCAAAGAGAUAGGUGCCACGUUACAGGAGCUGCGCGACAUCUGGAAGAAGAGUCGCUAUCAGAUGGACAAAGAUGAGCUCCUCAGUUACGUAAAGCCUUGAGGAGCAGAGCAGAGCCCAGGUGCUUUCGUGGGUCAGAGAGUAAUAAUGAUAAUGUGGACACCUGACUCUGUGUGCCGCUCAUGUUAUUAAUCGAGCCGGCUAAUGCAUAUUGCUGAGAAAGGAUGCUACAAGAGCUGAGACAUUCAUUAAUGCAAGUUCCUUCUUAAUUACCCCAGGGCCACUUCUGUUCACCUGCUUCACCAUGUAAAUGUAAAGAGAUGAUGCACAAGAGGCUGCUGGCAUCACAGCUGCUACCAUAUGAGAAAAUGUGGACUGGAUGACUGCAGCAGAUUUCACCAUGUGUUUAUUACAGAGCUCAUGUCUUUAUGUUAAGUCCUUGGUUAAACUGUCGGUGUUAUGGCACUCUGUCUCUAGUUUGACUGGUAAAAUGGCAGAUCAGUAACUGUAGAAAAUACUUAUUUAAUUGGUUAAAGGUUAACUCUACCGAAUGUACACAUUUAAAGCAUGUUCACAGCUCUCUGGGAAGCUGCUACUGAUGUGUGUGUUGGGGGGGAGGGGGGCUGUAUGUAAUAUUAUAAAUUGUCUCCAGUAAUGUCACUCAGUGGCUAAGUUGCAUUGUGGGUACUGUAGGCAACAGGUGCCUAGAGGGAAAAGGAAUAUGUGGAAUAAAUGAACCUGGCACCUACAUUACCCACAGUGCAACAUAGCCACUGACAUCACUGGAUGAUUACAUGUAGCUUCCUCUGGAGCCACAAAGGGCUUUAUACUGAUCUUCACAUAUGCAGUAGCAUAUCUGACCUGUAGACACACUUUUAAUGUGUAAAUUGGUGGAGUUUCCCUUUAACAAUAUUUGGCUUUGGCUUUCUCCUCUGUUUAACUGCAGCUCUGUCUUAUUUCUUUGCCAUGUUUUGUGUAAAGAAAGUGUUCUAUAAAAAGGUUCUACUUUUUAUUGAAAA